AAGGAGGUUGAUCAUGCACCCCCAGGAGCAGUCCUGACUGAUCUCGGCCACCCAGGGAAAUAAUGAGAUGUCCAUAUGGGACGUAGAGACGGGGGGCCAGACAAAAAGCCUGUGGGCAAGUCCUUCACCCACACUCAGUCUCAGUCAGAUUGAUUGUGCAAUACAGUUUUUACUGGGCGUGAUGCAGGACAAGCAGAAGAAAUACAACAAACACGCGGACCAGUUUCAGCAGAUCUCAGAGACACUCUCCAUUCUUAACCGGGUUAAGGGUCAGCAUGCAGAACCUGGUCCCCAAGAUGGAGCGCUUGAACCGGAUGUUGCCACCGGAGGACCAUCGGGAACCGCUGAGUCUGAAGAGCCAGUUGUUAGAACCAGAUGUUACCACCGGAGAACUGACUGGAACCGCUGAGUCUGAAGAGUCAGUUGUUAGAACCAGAUGUUACCACCAGAGGACCGACUGGAACCGCUGAGUCUGAAGAGUCAGUUGUUAGAACCAGAUGUUACCACCAGAGGAUCGACUGGAACCACUGAGUCUGAAGAGCCAGUUGUUAGAACCAGAUGUUACCACCAGAGGACCGACUGGAACCGCUGAGUCUGAAGAGCCAGUUGUGAGAACCAGAUGUUACCACCGGAGGACCGACUGGAACCGCUGAGUCUGAAGAGCCAGUUGUGAGAACCAGAUGUUACCACCGGAGGACCGACUGGAACUGCUGAGUUUGAAGAACCAGUUGUUAGAACGAGAUCCGGAUGAAGAGCAGGGGAACCA